ACGCCCCGCAUCUAUCGUUCCUUUCGGAUUUUCCGCCGCAAAGGGAUUUUUGCUAAUGUGCAUCUAAGAGCGAAUAUUUUUUUCACUUGCUCCUUUGUGGACUCUAAAAAUGGGAAGAUUAGACACACUGAGAGAAUUUAAUUUAUUGUCAUGGAUGAGAGAGGAAAGACAAUCGAGGAAGUUGAUCCUGGUCAUCGUUUUCAUCGCCUUGCUGCUGGAUAAUAUGCUUCUAACGGUGGUCGUCCCCAUCAUCCCUAGCUACCUAUACACAAUUGAUGAUGCAGCAGCCAACAUGGCCAAGAAUCAAACUACGGCCUCCCCACACACCCCUUCUGGAACCUUCCAGACCAUCGUGUCCCUCUAUGACAACUCUGUCAGGGUAACCAGCGGGGGCCCAAUGGACUCCACACCCAUACCCUUGGGUCAGACGCAGGGGGUCUCUUCUUCCACCUCGGCUCUCACACCCCAUAACUCCACACAGCCCGACUGCCCCAAAGCAGACGAUCAGCUGCUCAAUGAGAAUGUGAAAGUGGGACUACUGUUUGCCUCCAAGGCCACUGUACAGCUCAUCACCAACCCCUUCAUUGGGCCUCUCACCAACAGAAUAGGAUACCAGAUCCCCAUGUUUGCCGGGUUCUGUAUUAUGUUCCUGUCAACCAUCAUGUUCGCCUUCUCAUCGAGCUACACUCUGCUGUUUCUGGCCAGAUCCCUGCAGGGUGUGGGCUCCUCCUGCUCCUCUGUGGCUGGGAUGGGGAUGCUUGCCAGUGUGUACACAGAUGAUGAGGAGAGGGGAAAUGCCAUUGGGAUAGCCCUCGGUGGUCUCGCCAUGGGUGUGCUGGUGGGCCCACCAUUUGGCAGUGUCAUGUAUGAGUUUGUGGGGAAAACGGCACCAUUCCUCAUUCUGGCUGUUCUGGCUGUGCUGGAUGGAGCACUGCAACUGUUCAUUCUCCAGCCCUCAAAGGUGGAACCAGAGAGCCAGAAAGGGUCUUCACUAUGGAGUCUUAUGAAAGAUCCAUACAUACUCAUUGCUGCAGGAUCCAUUUGUUUUGCAAACAUGGCCAUCGCCAUGUUAGAACCAGCGUUGCCUAUUUGGAUGAUGGAGACCAUGUGUCCAAGAAAAUGGCAGCUAGGCGUUGCCUUUGUGCCAGCCAGCAUCUCCUACCUUAUUGGAACUAACAUCUUUGGCGUCCUCGCGCACAAGAUGGGGAGAUGGCUGUGCUCUCUCAUCGGGAUGGUCCUCGUGGGGGUUAGCAUCCUCUGUGUCCCUUUCGCUAAGGACAUCUAUGGACUGAUACUUCCGAAUUUUGGUGUUGGUUUUGCAAUUGGCAUGGUGGAUUCCUCUAUGAUGCCAAUCAUGGGAUAUUUGGUGGACCUGAGACAUGUGUCAGUCUAUGGCACUGUGUACGCCAUUGCUGAUGUGGCUUUCUGUAUGGGCUUUGCUUUAGGUCCUUCCGCUGGAGGCGCCAUAGCGAAGAGCAUUGGGUUCCCCUGGCUCAUGACCAUCAUCGGCGUCGUGGACAUCCUCUUCGCUCCCCUCUGCUACUUCCUCAGGAGUCCUCCUGGGAGGGAAGAGAAAAUGGCCAUCUUGAUGGACUCUAACUGCUCGAUGAAGACCCGAUCAUACUCAACACAGGGGAACACAGAGCACGAAGAGAUGGAGACAGAGUACGAUGAGUAUUAAUGGACACCAGACAUGUAUGUUACCUUCCAGAGGAUCUAUUUUGUUGUACAAAAACAGAGAUACAAUGAUUAUUAUUUUUUAACAGCAAGGCUGUUUCGUUGUGAAUGUCCGUCUUCACUGUUCUGUGUCAUUGUUAUUGUACGACUAGAGCAAACCAAAGUUGUUGUCAUUGCCCUGUGUUUAUUUUGAGCCUUAUCCAAUGGAAGUGGGGCCGUGUCAAAACAGGGUUUUCAUGGGCCGUAAUAGCAGACUGCUGUGUGUCAUAUUUACUGAAUAGUUCAGAUGAGGGUGGUAUUAUACAGUCGUGGCCAAAA